GAGAUGUUUGCUACAAUUCACCCAAAAUAUUUUAUUUCUCUCUUGAAAAUGGGCACCAUGGAGAUGGUAAUGGGUUCAUCAAUGGAAAAUAUGGAACCCAAGAGGGCUUAUGUUACCUUCUUGGCAGGGAAAGGAGAUUAUGUGAAAGGGGUUGUUGGAUUAGCUAAGGGUUUAAGGAAGACGAAAUCGGUGUAUCCUCUAGUGGUAGCUGUCUUGCCUGAUGUACCAGAAGAUCAUCGGAAGAUCCUCAAGUCUCAAGGAUGUAUUAUUCGUGAAAUUGAGCCCGUAUAUCCACCGGAAAAUGAAAAUAUUCAGUUUGCCAUGGCAUAUUAUGUCAUCAACUACUCAAAACUUCGCAUUUGGGAGUUUGUGGAGUAUAGCAAGAUGAUUUACUUGGAUGGAGAUAUUCAAGUUUUCCAUAACAUUGAUCACCUCUUUGAGUCUCCUGAUGGUUAUUUCUAUGCCGUUAUGGACUGUUUUUGUGAGAAAACAUGGAGUAGUUCUCCUCAGUACAGAAUCGGCUACUGUCAACAGUGCCCGGAAAAGGUAAAAUGGCCGACGGAAAUGGGACCUCCACCACCAUUGUACUUCAAUGCUGGGAUGUUCGUUUACGAGCCGAAACUUUCAACUUAUUCUGAUCUCUUGGAAACCCUCAAAGUCACCCCUUCUACUUCAUUUGCAGAGCAGGACUUUUUGAACAUGUUUUUUAGGGACAUAUACCGUCCUAUCCCUCCAAUUUACAACCUCGUUUUAGCCUUGCUUUGGCGACAUCCUGAAAAUAUAGACCUCGAACAAGUUAAGGUUGUUCACUAUUGUGCUGCGGGAUCAAAACCAUGGAGAUACACCGGUAAAGAAGAGAACAUGCAGAGAGACGACAUAAAGAUGCUGGUCGAGAAAUGGUGGGAUAUAUACGCAGACGAGUCAUUGGAUUAUGGAAACGACUCAAAGGAAGAGAAAACAUCAGUUCCAGUGCUAUCAGAGGCUGGUGUUAUUCAACAUGUUACUGCUCCAUCAGCAGCAUAACUUAGGACUAUGUUUCUUCCUAUUUCAUUUCGUUAAGAAAACUAACGGUUUUCACAACUGGAUCCCGAGCCCUUGAGGUUUAUUAGUUAGUGUGUUUUCAUAGUAGUUCACCGAUCCAAUUAUAAUAACUAUGAUUACGAAUAAUGUUAUAGUGGGUUUACGUAGUAGUUUACCAUAAAUUUAUGUCCCUAUAAUGUAUUGUGAGCUUGUUUUACCAUAUAAAUAAUUAUCCGAGAACGAAUUUGAAAUGUUCAUUUAUGAAAAGGUAGUUCUGUAA